AAAUGACCUCAGUUAUUACAUGGUGUGCCCCAAUUCUGCAGUUCUUUUAUAACUAUAAAUCACAUUUAUUAUGAAAUAUAAUUCUUGUAUUGUACUACUUAUUUCAGUUGUAGUUCAACAUGUCACACACAGUCACGAUCUCGAGGACAACUACUACCACAUCUGGAAGUGCCCUGUUCAUUAAUACCGGCUACCUCGGCAGCACACCAGGACUACUGAAACUUGCACAGCUGUUGUUGGGCGCGGCGUGUGUCGGCGUUGUUGGAUACUAUUUAGAGCCAGGAUACCUACGCUACAAUGGACAGAAGCCGGAAUUAUUCUACUUACUGGUUUCGGUGACAUUCCUAAUAGGAACGUUUUGUUUACUUCUGUCAUGUAUAAUGUCAUUAUCUACGGCCUCCAUUAUAUCUAAAACUUUAUAUGAGGUGAUAUAUCACGGCGUGGCAUUUAUAUUAUAUCUUGCAGCGGGUCUCACACUUUUGAUCGAAGUAAAUCACCAAAAAAGCAGUUACAGAAGAGAUUUUGAGCCCUAUUUAGCUGCAGCGGUAAUGGGAUUGGUCAUGGCAGCUCUCUACUUGUUUAGCACGGUUUUGGCAAAUCGUUCUUACCGCGGUAUUUAAUUAGCAAACAAUUAUUAUAGAUAAAGUUUAGGAUACUUAGGGACUUUUGAAUCUAUUAUGUAUAUUUUUAAAAGUAUUGAUAUUCUAUAGGUAAUGAUACCUAUGGCUAUUCGUGUGUCGUGUUGUAUGUUUCUACGGUGAUUUUAUAUUCUAUAUAAUAAAUAUUUUUUACACUUAACGAUUAA